AUGGCACCCGGAGACCACCAGCAGCACCUUCGCAACGUUGCCGAGCAGGCUGAGCGCGACCUCAACAGCUACCGAGCCAAGACGGGAGCCGGAAAGUUUUCUUCCAGCGACGACGCUGGCAUCGACUCGCGCGUCGAGAACAGAUUCCCCGGCGCCCAGGUGCAAUACGACACUGAACUGAGCACCAACCGCGGCUACAACAAGCGCAUCCCGCCCGAGGAGGGUGGUGACCUCGAUGCCCGUGGAAGACAAACUCGCGGUGAGCACUUUGAGGGUACGGGCGGCCCCGAGCACAAGCUCGCACAGCAGCAGCGCGACUUUGGCGGCGAAAACACCUUUGACACGAGCGGACGACGACAGCCUCAGGCCUCGGACUCGUACGAGACUGGAAACCGCGACGUCAUGUCCGAGGGCAAGCAGUUUGCCCAGGAGAACCUCCAGAGCGAGGGUCAGCCCCGAACCAAGGGCAAGUUCCCCGGCUCCGAGUACUAUACCCCCGAGACCGUUCCGGGAUCCAUUUCCUCGGCUGGUUACGAGGCUCCCGAGUCGGUUACUCAGGCUAGUCGUGAGAGUGAGAACUAUUAA